UCAUUCUUCUGCCCAGUCAAGACGCGAGGAUCAGGUUAGGCAGGUCGGAUUGACAGGAAAGUAGUGGAAACAGUAUUUUGUGGGGGUUCGUAAAUGAAGGUUAAUUUCGCGGGCAACCCGGUGAAGUCUGUGGACACGAACGAAGGCGAUGCCACAGCAGAACUGUCAACAAGAUAUCCGUAUUGGUUUACAAGUCUCGCGGUGAAUUAGCCAGGGACAAACAUGGCUCGCGUUCCGGCAGACGUGUGUUUUUCUUCGUGGUGAACCUAGAGUACCUUUUUCUCGCUUCUUCGUCGUAUUCCCUGUCUCUGUUUCGCCAGGCAGGGAUUCUCAACCUCGGGAGUGGUGAUAUUCACGCAAAAGAACGUGAAAGAGGAAUAAUGGUUCAAUCGAGAGGAAAGUAAAAUCCUGCCGUCAUCCUGGCGCGUGGCAAACCAGGCCAAAGGCCUGGAUCCUCAUCCUCCUCGUCCUCGUCCACGGAGAGGCUGCAAAGGAUGCCAGGACCGGCCCAAGAGAGGCCUCGUGCUCAAAGGCUUACCGAUAUCGAGCCUCAAACCGCAAAAGGAUUAGGAUGUAAUCGAACGGACGAUUUCAGUACACCAGUCAGUUCUGGCAGCAACAUGAGCAGUAUAGCACGGUUUCCAAAGUUGGACGAGUGUGCCCACUUUCAUUACGAACAUGUUGAACUCAGUUCCUUGGAGGUUUCGCUUAGCGAAGGUACCAAUGAUUCCGACAGCUACGCGGUCAGAGUAACAUCCGGGGACGCAUGCUGGACGCUGCAACGAUCUUAUGAUAAUUUUGUUAUGUUUGACAAGCAAUUGCAUCGCUGCAUAUUUGACAGGAAGUUCUCUUCCUUAACAAAGCUUCCAGAUACACGGCCAAAGAACACCUGUGAUAUACUGAGGGACUAUUUGAAUAGGUUCUCGCAGUUAAAUCACGAAGGCCUAAAUUGCGGUCCUGUGUUAAAUUGGUUGCAGCUAGAUAAUAGAGGAAGAAGAAUCCUCGUGCCAGAGUCAGAUUCAUGUCCCAUUAAUACUCCCGCAGUAGCCGCGGCUUAUGCAGUUAGACCUUACGUGGCUCAGGCACCGGAUGAAAUCUCCUUUCAGGUUGGAGACAUGAUUUCUGUAAUAGAUAUGCCUCCUCCAGGGGAAAGUACUUGGUGGCGUGGGAAGCACGGAUUUGCAGUCGGUUUUUUCCCAGCCGAAUGUGUGGCUGUGAUCGGGGAUAAAGUACCACGGCAUCUGACCGUGUCAACGACAGUUAGAUCAAAGUUACCCGUGAAACCGGUGCUUAGAAAGCACGGAAAGCUAAUCGCCUUUUUCAGAUCGUUCAUAUUGAAUAGACCGUCUAGGAGACGAUUAAAGCAGUCAGGAAUCCUGAAGGAACGUGUAUUUGGUUGUGAUUUAGGGGAACAUCUUUUAAAUUCUGGUCAAGAUGUGCCUACCGUUUUAACGUGUUGCGCUGAAUUCAUCGAGAAUCAUGGCUUAGUGGACGGUAUAUAUCGUCUAAGCGGCGUGACAUCGAACAUUCAGAGAUUACGAAACGCGUUCGACGAGGAUCGUGUUCCUGCAUUGCAUUCCGAUGAAAGUAUUUUACAAGAUAUUCAUUCUGUAGCGUCAUUGUUGAAAAUGUACUUCAGAGAACUACCGAAUCCACUCUGUACAUACCAGCUUUAUUCUACUUUCGUUAGUGCGGUUCAAGCUAACACCGACGCGGAAAGAUUAAGGCGGAUGAGGGAUACCGUUAGAAAAUUACCACCACCGCACUACAGAACCUUAGAGUAUCUGAUGCGUCAUUUAGUGAGAGUGGCAGCUCGAGGAGCGGAGACCGGUAUGACACCACGUAACGUUGCCAUUGUUUGGGCUCCAAACCUUCUAAGAUGCAAGGAAUUAGAGGUUGGGGGUGUAGCAGCGUUGCAGGGUGUCGGUGUGCAGGCUGUGGUCACAGAGUUUUUAGUCUGUUACGCCGAAUUAAUUUUCGGAGACGGUCCAGUUGGGCGGCCGAAAUCGCUAGCUAUUACAACGCCGGCGAGAUUGCUUAGUUUGGAAGAGGCUCGAAAUCGAAGCUUGAGAGGCGAGCCUGAUUACGUGGAAGUGGGCGCUGGUCCAGCCGGGUUACCAUUACAUUACCAUACGGUCAUAGAAUUACCGCGAAAGAGAAACGGCUCGAAACGUUCACCCUCAUUGAACUGGAGAGCUUUAUUCGGACGAGGUGGCUUGGGUGCCAGAGGAAAAACAAGACAAGUUGGCACGCCACCUCAAACAGAAACGGUGCCAAGUUCCUUAAACUCCUUACGACGAUUAAGACCGGUGAAAAGCGCAGACAGCUUGGACGGUGAGGACAGUUUAGGUCCUCUGCUUGGACCACCACCAGCUAGACCUUGCGGACAUAGUCGAUCGGUUUCGCAUGAUUCGUAUUUCGAUCAUUUAGCGGACGCACCGAAUACAUCGUCGCCGUUGGAUCUGUCGGAAAUUCAGCUUAAUUUCGACUUGGAGGAACGAGAGAUGAGAAUGUUCUCGGAGGAGGAGAGUGGCGGAGUGGCGUCGGUAGAAGCAUCACCAAGACGUCAGAGGACGGAAGGAACACAAAAUACCGCUGCCACCGGUGGAUCCAAGAGAAAGAGAUCGCGAUUAGAGGAAAGACUGCAGUGCGACGUUGAGUUGCGCUUCAUUGAUAGCCAAAGUCCUGAUCAGGUGAUGGUUUCUGCAGAUGUUCACAGUAUGGAUACCCCAUCUCCUUUGCCAACACCAGGGUACCUUCCAUUAUUAUCCGAAGCUUCAACCCCACUCACACCCGCCACGCUACAUGGAACACCGCAUUCUACAUCACCUGUACCAGCUAACAGUCCUAGGAUAAGUUUUCGAAGUUUCACUUUACCUUUAGAGAUCGACGAAGAACAAAGCAACGCGAACAAAUUGAACAGAACUAGCGUGUCUUCCGAUAAAUCAUCCGACCCUAGUCAUAGGUUAUCCGUAAACUUAGAAGGACAGAGUAACGCUAAGUCCUGCGAGAGGAUAAUGACAUACGACAAACAUGUAGAUUUGUACGAUGAUAAAGAGUCUUCCAAGGCUCAAAAGACUUCGAAGGAAUCGAACCUAGUUGUAUCAGACGUAGUCGACCAAGACAUGACACCUUGCGAUAGGUUAAUGUCUCAUCCUAGCGAGAUAGAAUCUAGUAAAGUAACCAUGUCUCCGUGUAAAGACGUAGGAAAUAGAUCGAGCUCCUGUUCCGUUGACGAUAAUAAAUCUCACAGUGACAACAGAGACACGUUGGACGUGAGAAAACACGAUGCACCGACCAACAAAUCGAUCGGUUCGCAGCACGACGAUGCCAUGGCUGGAAAUUCAAACGCACACAGAAACGAAUUGCCAGGACUGCCACUAUCUAGCGCCACCGAUCUAGAUUCUCCGAUGUCAUGCGAGCAGACUAUCGAGGACUUGCCCGAUUCCGGUUUUGUGAUUUGUGAUAACUCCGACAAGAUAUUCACCAACACAGAAACGUCACAGAUGAUAUCGAAUACCAACGAUUCUGGCGAAUGGGUGAUAGUCGAGACUACGGGCUCGAUCACGACACCGACGAGCGAGUCGAGCAGUUCGAAAGAUCCUUUGGAAGGCACCGUGAAUAACGCGAUCGCGACUGAUGCACCGCAACUGAGAUCCAUGUCCGAGAACGUUUCCAGAACUUCCUUGGAUCUCACUAUGGGCUCAACAGUAGACACAGAUACAUCGUGCAUCGGUGUCAGUGAUUUAACCGAAAGUCCCGUUCUUCCUCAAGAAUCUGCCGAGAUGACAUUUGACGUUGCCGACAACAGAGACCUCGAGGAACACAUCACCGCGCAGAGGACUUCUAGAGCUUUCGAGGACCAAACGAGUUUCGGGAUGGUCAACUCUGGCAAUAAUUAUUCAAACAUCGUUCACUCGCCCAUACACGAUCAGGAUAAUGGAAAUCAGAAAAUUCGCACCGUUAGUAUGACGGACAUUCGCAUGAACCAGAAAUCUAGCGAAAUGGAGCACGAGAUCACCGCCUGCUAUUCGCAACUAGACAACACCGAAGCUUUCAACAGGAACGAGAAUCCAGCAAAGGAAGAAGCUGUGGUAGAAGAGAAGACCUUCGAAAGCUCUCAACGCUCUUCGAAAAGCCACUCAGACUUUCAACAGAAAGAAAUUCGACGUUCUUUGCAGCUACAUCAGAAGCCACAAUUCCAAGCAAACGAUCGCCGUUCGUUCUCUAAUCAAACAAAGAAGAGCCAGGAUCUGGAUCUGUCUUUGGCCAAUACGGAUAAUAAGCAACGCAGUCAGAGUCAAAAGCCAGAAAAGUGCCAAAGCUUCGAAUACGUUUCACCAAAGGAAUCAGCUCAGAACAGUCAGCAACACAAGCAGUUCCCUACACGUACUGAGGAUCCUUCUAAAUGUAACAACGUGAAGAACAGUCAACUGCAAGAGCACAUAGAAGUAGUAAUACCAUCGGAAAAUGCUGCCGAGCCCAGUGAGAUAGCUCAUCCCCCGGAAGGUGCAUCCGAGCCAACAUCUUUAAACUCAUCUUGUACUUUCUCGAAUGCAUCUUCUCCAGUGGAUGAUUCUAUCGUUCUUCGAGAUACGGCCGCUAUACUUCAAGAGUUGGCGUUGCAAAGAUUAUCUGGAGGCAUCGUGGGUGACUUGUCUGUUCCUCCGCGAAGAAGAUACGAAACAGAGAAUAAUAAAGAUCGAAGAAGCUUCGAUUCUGAGAUCGGUAGGGAGAUAGUUCGUGAAAGAAAGAUGAGGCAGGAACUGGAUUCUGCUCGGGGAAAAUCGGAAGAGCCACCGGUGAAUAAUACUCAACAUCUACCGCCGUGUUUGAGAGCUCGUCACGCAAGAGCGACACGAGCGUCUCUUAGUAGAUCGUUAGACGAGGCAAAGUUUAACAAAAUGUCGGAGGAAGCUUCUCUACCUGUGAAACAGGCUACGGAGGACGCACAGCACAGUUCCACACCUAACGUUGGAACAGGAUCGUCGAACAGUUCCUCGGCUAAUUCCGAUAAAACGCAUCUAAAGAACCUAGGUGGUUUAGACUUGGGCGAUCCCCAGUGCAGAGAAAGGAUAGAAAAGUACAAAGAAGAGAGAAGAACGUUCUUAAGGGACAAGUACAGAUCGGAGAGUUUUCGAGGGAUGUUAUCGAAGACAGAAGACGAUGGGGAGCAGGCGCUUUUAGCUAGGCUAAAACAGAGAGCCACUAGGCCCUCCCUUCAUUGAUAUUAAAGUAAUAUUUAUGGAAGCGUUUUGUCAACUUUUCCCUCCCGCGUUGAAUAAUUGAAUUAAUUGUCUUUGCAAUCGCGUCAUGAUCAGAUAUGAUGUAUUCUAGUGAACUGUUCGUUGUAACGAUCAUUGCGUCUAACCCUUUGCUCUCAACGUUUGUUCGAACUUUUCUGAUGUACGUUUUGUCCUUUUUAUUUGUUUUCUUUUUAGAUUCCUGUGUUAAAUAUGGAUACUAUAGGACAAGAGUAUGAUAAGCUAAAUUUUUUGUUUUUUUUUACAGAGAAACAUGUUUUAAGAUCUAAUACGUUGUUAAUCAAUCUUACGUUGUCGGAAUUGUGUUUUUAUUUGUUUUGAGGCUUUUCUGGUCAAAAGUUUUUAAAAUUCCAAAAAUUAAUACUCGUUAUAAUAUUGAAAUAUUAUGCGAAUAUCGGAGAUAUUGAAAUAUCGCUUGUCUUAAGAAGUUCGCCUCUUAGAAGCCAUCUGAUCAACUCUAUCUUUUAAACAAUACCAAAAACACCAAGAUAAAUUUAAGAAAUGGCUUCUGCAGUACCAUUGUUUUCUGUUAUUUUUUCAUUUAUGGAGUUAAUCAAUAUGACUUCUGAACGACUCGAUCAUACUUAUGCUGAACGAUUCAGCAGUUAUUAAAAGACUCAUCUUUGGACCUAAACAGGCUUUCAGGCUGUUUCCAUUUUUAAUUGUCUCAUUCAUUGUAAAAUCCUCCUAUUUAAGCGUGAAGUAAUACCAAAACUAGCAAAGAUGAGACAUGUGCUUAUCAUUGCUUUCUCCUGAUUUCCAUACGAGAACAAGUAUUUAAUUUUAGUUUGAGUAAUUGUUCUAUACGAGAGGAAGCGAAUCUCAGUAUUUUAUAUACGUUCACCGUAAGUGGUAGGAAAUCGACUAAAUUGUAAUUUUAAAUGGAGAAAUCGAUGGUCCAAUUUCAAUGAACGUAUGUACGAUCAAAUUUUCGAUGCUAAAUACGUGUAGCAACACGCAGCGAACAUUAUUGGACGUUCUGCCAUGUUUUCUUUUCCUUUUUUAAAGUAUUAUCGUAUGCGUUUAAUUAUUAUUAUAGAAAUUUGUUUAAGAGGCGCUGUAUUAAUGUUCUUAUGCGUCCUAGAUUAGUCGAGCGUGAAGGGUUAAAGGCGUGAAAUUUAACGAAGUCGAUUAAACACGAGUGAUAGAACGAAAAAAAAGAAGACGGUCUGACGAUCGACGCUUUUAAAAAAUGAAGUCAACGGGGAACGUUCGUCUCUUUUCUUUUUUUUUUUUUUUUCUUUUGUAAAUCGCUGUUGUUAACAGAACAGUUCGAUGAUAUACGAGUGUAACUUGUAUCUUUUAAUUUAUUAUUAUAAUCGAUACUAUAUAUACAUAUAUAUUAUUAGAAUUAUUUCUGUUAUUGUUAACGCGUCGUGUAAGAAAUCAUUUCUCCCAUUAUUGUUAUCGCUCCCAAAGAUGCCCCCUUUAUUAAAGCUUUUCGCGCUGUUCUGUUAAUCGAGCCUUUUAAUUUAAAACGAUAUGUACCAGAGUGUGUUGGGUUCGCGGACCGAUUUGUUGUCGACCCUUUGCACGCGAAACUGCAUUUUUUACGCGGGUUAAGCAAAAAUGUAAUUAUAUAAGCUUGUUUGACAAAUUUUAUGCAAAGUUAAGUUUCCACGUACGAAUUUAUAUGUAUGAAUAUUCUCUUUGUGAUGGUUGAGCUAAAAGAAAAAGAGUUUUCGAGUGACUGAGCGUCUGUAACGCGUAGUGCUUUAACGAGAUACUGUUCUCUCGUGUUUUAUUGUCAUACCGUUCGUUCGAGAGUAACGGUAAAAAGGGAAAAAAUUAAAAAUGAAAAAGAAAAAAAGAAAGAAAGAACAAAAGUAAGAAAGAGAGAAGGAGACGUGAAACGACCAAAUUGACAAAUUCUAUUAUAGAAAAUAGCGGAAAUAUUCGUUCUCAUCUAGAUUCGAGGUACGGGUGCAAAGGGAUUAAUGCUUUUUAGUGGAAUCACGUGUCUUCGUAUCGAUCGAUGUAAUUCAGUUACAAGAUAUGUUAAUCAAUACGCUUCCCUUUUUCUAUAAAUUUCGUUGUUGCUCGCUGAUCCGUGUAUUUUUAUACGAGAUGCGAAUCGUGCCGCGCUUUAAUCACAGCGAGAUGACGGCUUGUUUGAUGUUCGAUAAUUGUUCCAGAUGUGUGCGUUAAUUGUCCGAGCAAUCUGUCGCUUCUUACUUUUUUCUCUUUGUUUUCGAAUUUGAAUUAUUCUGUUUGAAUUUUUCUUUUGUAAGGACAUUGUUAAUUCUUUUAUUUUAUUAUCAUUUUUUAAUUUUUUUUUUUUUUGUUUUUUUUUUUAAAAGUUUUACACGUUCGUCACCACGCUAAUCGCUUGUCAGGUGUCGCAGAAAGACAGCACGUAGCUAGAGAUCUUUAAAUAUGUUAAACUUUAUUAGCGAUAUAUCGAUGUCGAAAGAAAUUAGAAUACUCGUUGAUAUUCGUGUUCAAUUUUACGUUAGAAGCUCUGGUACAUUUGAUGAAUUUGUUGUUUGUACUUUACCGGAGAAGAAAAAUUUUUCUUUUAUAUACAUACAUACAUACAUAUAUAUAUAUAUAUAUAUAUAUAUAUAUAUAUAUAUAUAUAUAUAUAUAUAUAUAUAUACACAAACAAUUAAAGAACCAUCGUAUUAAAUUAAGUAUUCGAUAUACGCGUUCAUAUAUUUUCUCUCUUUUUUCGUCGUGGACUGGUCCAUGGCUUCUAUAUAGCACCUCCUUUGUAUAUGCUUUAUUAUUAUUAUUAUUAAUAUUAUUAUUAAUAUUAUUAUUACUAUUUAGUCGACAUGUAAUAUAUUAAUUUAUACAUUCUUUAGUUCGAUGGUCAAUGUAAAGAAGAGACUAGCUUGAAGCGAAGAUUACUGCAGGGCCGACUGUUUCGUUAAAGAUGAACAAUUUUAUUUCACGAUUACCAUAGGAUAUUAUAUAAUUCGUUUAUCGAUAGAGAGUUUCAACGAGAAUAAUUUUUUUAUAUUUAUUUUUUCCCCGUUUUUCUUUCGUACUGUAAUUUUUACACUUUCAAGGAAUUAUUGUUCCAGCGUAAACUGACGAUCUACUUCUAUUACGAAUUAUUCAGAAUCUCAAUGCUCGCAUUUAUCUUCGAUCAGCGAUUUUUAUCUACUUAUUACUGCUAUAAGUUACUCGUGAGUUUACUAUUCACCAAGAUCUAUCAACAAGCUGGAGAAUAUUCGUUCUGUAGAGCGGAAGAGCAGCAAACGCGCGAGGAUUGUUUAAUCUUUCCCCUGAACCCGCGAUCUUGCUUCUCUCUUCUCCCAGCAACGAGAAUAACCGAAACACCGGAAGAAUCAUCUUCUGUGACAGCAUUUAUAUUUCAUCCGACAUCGCCAUCGCGAACCAAUGAAUUAGUACCAAGUCUAUAGACCGUCAUUUUAACACUGUACAUUUCGAUCUCUGCCCGAAUCAAACCACUUAACAUACGUAGCUCAGAGAAUCAUCCUGUUCUCAAUUUGUGAUCCUGAAGAUGCUCAAAACGAGAGAAGGAAGAAAGAAAAAAGAAAAAAAAAGAGCCGCUAGCAAAGUUUGCGUACGAAUAACAAUGAAACCUUUUUUAAUCUAAUUAAUGUUAACAUUGCUGGUGUGCGUGUUCCAGGAUAGUCCCGAUAUUUUGCGUAUUUUUUUAUGCUACGGUGAUACAACAAGUAGUAUGAAAACGGUUUUUCGCAAACCAAAUUGCAAACCAAGCGACGACCAAGCACACAUACUUUUACUCGAAACCUUCGAGAUACUUAAACCAUAUUAGUUACAAUUUGUAUUCGAAUGUUUAUGAAAAAAAAAGAAAAGAAAAAGAAAAAAAGAAGAAAAACGAGAGAAAAAGGAGGGAAGAAAGAUUGAUACUUUAUAAGGAGGAAAUUUAAUAACUUCCGAGAGGACGAAGGAUUUUCUUUUUUGAUAGAUGUUACGAUAAUAACGGCUAUGAUAAGAGUGAAAGGAAAUUAUCGACGGGAGAAUGUUGCGUCGAUAGGAUGCGUUUGAGGGACGAGUCUCGAUAUUAUUCGAACGAUAAAAAGUUAGCGAUCGAAUAGCGGUGAUAAUAGUCGAAACAGUUGAUUAUAUUCCUCGUCGGAUCACUCUUUUUUGCUAGCAUUUCUCCUGUUCGAUGUACACGUGACUCGCGUUCACAAACUUGUUAAAGCGUUCACGAACUAUUAAAAAAAAGGAAAAAAAAGCUAUACGAAGUAUAAACGUUUCUAUAGUGCGUGUCGAAAAAGACUGUAACAAUCUGCAUUUACAAGAAAUUGCAGAUUGUUCCAGUAGUAUCGUUCGUUAUAGUUUUCCAUUGUGUUUCUCAUUGAAUCUAAAUGAAUUUAUAAACGAGCAUUGAUCAUUCGGGGGGCUGUACAAAUUCCGAAUUUUCAACUUCUCAAUUUUCGGAUAUUUACGGUACUUCAGUUUAUUAACAAUUGAUUACUUGGAAAUGCAGCAUUACCACUUGACCAUAUAUUAAAGAUAAAUAUUAACGGAUAAUUGUCGAUAAUUACUAGAACAUCGGAUGGUCAGUGCUUGAUCCUCUCUGUUUUAUCGGUAAUCGUUAUUUAUUGGUUUUAGUUUUAAUUGGUUUAAAAACAAAAACGAAAAAAAAAGGAAAAAAAAGAAGAAAAGGAAAGAGUCGUGAGCUCGUAAAAUCCGUAAAAGAUAUGCAUGCACAAGUAGCUUGUCCCAAUGAUGAAAAUAAGACGAAAACUGUUUAGAGAUAUAUUUAAAAAAAAAAAAAACGUGAAAUAUUUAAAGCGAACUUUAAUAGCUGCUUCCCUGGGUACCAAAUAUAAUAGGAAAGGCCUAGUUAGCGAUAUUUAAAAUAAUGCCUAAAGUAAAUGAAAAAAAAGAGAAUGAAAAGCUCGAGAAUACAUCUAUUUACGAGUAUACUUCUGCACAAUAUAAUGCGCAAUAAUGAUACAUCCGUAGGGUGUAUAUUUUUAAUAAUUUGAGAUUUUCGCGGUUAUACAGGAUAUAAUAGUUAUUAUAGUCGUAGGAUUCUGAGAAUGAAAGAGAGAAAAAGAUACACGCGCCUACUAGAAAUUUAAUAUUUCCUGUGAGAAACGACGCAAAAGACUAAUCCCUCGUAGUCGCAAGAGAAGGAAAUAAGGGCUAACAGCAAUCUUGUUUUUGAGCGUCGAAGACCCACCGUUCGUUAACCUUGAAAACCAUUUUUGUUCCCUCUCACCCUAUCCUUCUUCUCUAUUUCCCUUCAAUUUCUUCUUCUUUCACAACUUUUUAGUUAGUAUACUUGUCGUACGACUGUUCUGUUAUUAAACGAUACUACUGUUUUUGCCUACUACAAUUAUAAUUAUAAUAUAUGGAAAAUUAUAUGUAAACAAAUAUAAAUACUAUAAAUAUUGGAGAAAUCA